AUGGCAUUCUUAGUAUUUGAUUUCUUAUAUAACACCCACCUCGCCUACACCUGUCCUACAACUUUCAUCAGUAUGGGUCGAUCAGACGACAACAUUGCCUCUGGAAAGACCACUCAAAUAGCUCAGCUUGGCGGUUUCACACUUCCAGCGGGGCAUUCUCAACGUCAGAACAUUUUGCCUUUGCUGGUGGCUGACCAGUUGAGGGACACAUCAUCGCAUUCUCGCGAAAACGUCCCUCCCGGGCUUUUACCGCGUUAUUAUUCACAGUUACACUCUAGGGAUGAUUUUGCGUAUUCUGGUGCCAUCGACGGUUCGAGCGCAUACCGUUUCGCAGAAGUCGGUUCGACUGCUCAUUUUCCCAGUGGUAUUUCAAAUAGAGAUUUUUUUGUUGAAGAGUCUAUGCAACCGCCGCAGGACACAUCAUUCCAGUCUUCGGUAAUAGAUAUAUCAUACACAGCCAAUGGCACUGUUCAGAGCUACGAAGGCAACGCCAUUCAUCCCCCACUACUACAGCACGCAACCCCGCCUUCCAGCGUUGGCACGAGCUUUGAAAAUGACCGCUACAUAUUGGAUUUCGGACCGCCUCCUCAAGUUUCAAGUGAAAUUCCGGAUAGAAAUCCUGUGCUUGCAAAUCCUGUACGAUCGCGGCCGGACACAAUAUCACGGCCGUUCGGCGGCACUCCAUUAUACGGAAGCAUAGCCAUUGUUCCGAUAUAUGAAGGCGAUGUUAGGCAUGUCUCGGAAUCGCAUGCUACAGAAUCAUUCAGAUCCACAGCUUUCUAUGAUCCAGUGUACCAUCGUUCAGACCAUUCCUAUCAUGGUAUGACACCCCUUCAUCCUCUGUUGCAGUCACCAUCAUCCAUUCCAGCAUCCAGGACAGAGACACGUCAUUUUAGUGCACAUCAGCCAACCCACUUCGCAGACCACACUGUCCAACCUGUAUCAUUUCGUAGCCAUGAUGCACAGCGGUCAGCUUCUCCUCAAGUUUACCACAUCGAUGGCUGUUCCAUGGAUAAGGAUGACCUUACAGGUCAGGGAACCAACGACAUCAUAACCGUCGGCAAAUGUCUUCGCACUGACUCACCGUGCGGCCUUUGGGUGAAAACCAACAAGGGUUCAAUCAAGCGCCAUGCGCAGAAAUGGCAUGGGGUUGCUCGUGGGGGUGACACCGACAUAGUCUCGUGUACAUGGGACAGGUGUAACACCAAGAUGCAGAAGGGCGCUGUCCCACGACAUACUCUGUGCAAACACUUUCGCGAAAAAUUCCAGUGCAAUGGGUGCUUGAGAUAUCUCCCUCGAGACGACUGUUGGAAAUCUCACGCCACAAAGUGUACGUUGAGCGGUCGUGGAUACAUUGUGUCGUAUAACCAUAGCACCCGUGCCAUCAACGUGAAAGACAUGUCCCUGAGACAGGCCGGUUACUGA